AUGCAGGAGCUAAGAUUAGAUUUUUGGAAGUUCGGAGAAUGUGUCUGUAGGAAGUAUGGGAUUUAGUCGGAGGUGUUUGUCUGCUGGGUUGAGGAGAGAGAGGGAGUGAGAGAGGCGAACGGAGAGAGGGAUCGUGACGGGAGUCAGUAUGAAAAGUUUAUUGGUAGAAUUAAGACGCGAAUUUCUGUCCAGUUAUUGAAUAAAAUUGAUUUGUUGGAAAGUGUUAAAGACGUUUAAUUUUGUUGUUCAACAUAAGGUCCUUCGAGACCCAACAUAAAAAUGUUUAAGUCCACUCCAAAAACGCAGAAAAAACGCAAGAAUGCUGAGCGUCUCCGGUCAAUUGAAGAAGCCAAAAAACGCAAAAUGGCGGAAUUAGAGCAGCUCGAAAAGCUUAAGGAAAAGCUUGAGGCGUCAGAUGAUGAUAUUGAGGGUGAAGCAAGUGAAUUUAACGAGGAAUACGAGAUUUCAGAGAGAGGAGACGAUUCUACAACCAACGAGGAAAAUGAGCUAUCGAUGCAUAUUGCAAAUAUGUCCACAAUUAUCGCCAAUCAAGAAAAGCAAGUCAGCAAGUUCAUCGCACGUCAAGCCGUAGCCAAAGAAUUGCCAGAUUUCAACGGCGACCCUGAAGAAUGGCCAUUAUUUUAUGCCAUGUUUCAACAAAGUUCUAAGGAUGGCGAUUUCACAGCCACUGAAAACACCAUGAGAUUGGCCAAAGCACUGAAAGGAGAUGCACUGGAUAGAGUAAAAACCCUCAUUGCUACAGCAGCAGCACCAGAAGACAUCAUAAACGUGUUGCAGUCGCAUUUUGGACAUCCAAGACAAGUGAUAAAUCGAAUGAUGGCUCGCAUAGCUUCAACACCGGACCCAAAAGAUGGUGAUCCAGAGAGUAUUGUUAAAUUUGCAACCAUCGUAGAAAACUUGUCGUUUGGAUUGAAAUGGCUGGACAAAGGACGUUAUAUGGACUCUCCAUGGGUGACAAAUGAUAUUGAGAGAAAACUGUCUCCAACCAUGAGGAUGCUUUGGGCAAUGAGGGCCAAAGAAAUUCCAAAUUACUCUGUGACGGAUCUUGCAACUUGGCUGAACGACCAAUCGAAAAUUUCUUUGAAUAUUUUGCCAGUGACGUCACUCUCAACUCAAUCAUCAACUGGAAACAAGCAGAAGACAAAGGAACAUACACGAACACCAAAAAUACGCAGUGCAGCGGUUAUGACGACCCAAAUUGCAACGAAGAGCUACAAAUGUGCAGUGUGUGAGGAUGGUCAUUAUACGAAUGAGUGUCCAAAAUUGAAGGAAUCCACGGUAAAGGAGCGUUACAAACUUGCAAAGGGUCUCUGUUGGGGAUGCUUGGGCCGAAACCAUCGCUUAAAUACCUGUGUUCGCCGCCGCACUUGUGGAUUAGAAGGAUGUAAGCGAAUGCAUCAUCGUCUGCUGCAUGGAACAGAGAAGUCCGUGAAAUUUGAAGACGAGAAAAAAGAAGACGACGAUAAAACAGGUAAAAAAUAAGAUAUAAGACUGUGAUCAUUCAAGACAGAACGUAAAACUAAAAUUGAUAACCUUUGUUGUGAAUUAAAAAUUAAAAUUAACCUUUAAACAAAAUAAUGAAGUAAAAUUAAAAUUAAAUUGGUUGAAUUAUGUACUCAGUAAAUUACAUAUUGGAAUUUGAUUCUUUGAAAUUUUUAUUGGAUUUAUCUUGAAAGUUUAAAAUUUUGAUUGAAUUAAAAUUAUUACUAGUGAUCUUUGGCAAUGACUCAUUGACAUGUGAAUUAAAAAAAAAAAAGAAACUAUGUAAAGAAACAAUAAAACUGAAAUAAAAAAAAAAUGUUUCACAGAUACUAACACUAAGGUUUCAAACAAUCUGAAAAAUAUGGAGAUCCCUGUGGAUGUGACCGAUCCAUCAGGACGAAAACUACUCACAAUGGAAGGGUUAUUUUCAAAAAUUUCCGGUGAGUCUUGGAAAACUAUCUCCAUGGGAGAAUUUCAAUUAAUUGUGUGUUUAUCAUAGGUGAGGCUGAAGAGUCUUGCAGUUCAAAGGGUACGCUUACGGGGGGAGAUGAUGGUGUCCUUUUCGGUAAGCGUAAAAAAAAAAAAGUGAAAAAUUGAACACACAAUUUUUGAAAUUGUAAAACUGGUCUUAUUUAAACAGGUAUACCGAUUACUAAUACAAGCCAAGGUACGACGACUGAGAUCGUCAGUUCUGAUGAAAAAACAAGUGGUGUGUCCUUGUUCGGAGCAUCUGAUUCUGGAAAAAGAAUGUUUAAUGAAAAGAAUGAAAAUACUCAAACGUCAUCUGAGUCAUGUGCCAAAGACCAAAAUCAUAUUCAGGAAAUUUCUUUGGUAGAAUUUCAGUCCAAAGGAAGGCACACAGCAUUUGCCGGUGCGUCUCAGUGUCAAGCAACAGUAAUGCUCAGGGUGUUACCAGUAGAGAUUGCUGCUCCUGAUAAGAGUAACA